GAUCGCUCUUGACUGUGCUACGGAGUAGACUUGAAAUGUCUAUCGUUACGGUGAUUCUAUUAUUUCUGGUGGCACUUGUUGCCCUCUGCUACUUGUUCUUAAUUUGGAACUUUAAUUAUUGGAAGAAGCGUGGCAUUAAAACUGUCAAGUCGUGGCCACUACUUGGCAGCUUUCCCAGUUUAUUUACGCAAAAAAGAAACGUGGUCUACGAUGUGGACGAAAUCUAUCGCAAAUACAAGAGCACUGAUAACGUUGUGGGCGUAUUUAGUACGCGUAUGCCACAGUUGAUGGUUCUAUCGCCCGAAUAUGCGCAGCAGGUGUUUGUGUCCGAGUUUCGCAGAUUCCAUGACAAUGAAAUGGCGCGCACUUGCGAUACUGAAACGGAUGAAAUACUGGCAAACAAUCCAUUUAUUUUAACUGGCCAAGCAUGGAAAGAGAGACGUGCUGAAAUAACGCCCGGACUUUCGGCCAAUAGGGUUAGUGCAGUUUAUCCCGUAAGUCAAAGUGUCUGCAAGAAGUUUGUAGAGUAUAUUAAGCGCCAGCAGCGCAUGGCUGGCUCCAGUGGCGUGGACACAAAAUCGCUUUGCCUAGCCUACACCACCGAGGUGGUGGCCGACUGUGUGCUGGGCAUUUCGGCUCAAAGCUUUAGCGACAAUCCGAAUCCUUUGGUGGGCAUGAUUAAGCGAGUGUUUGAUCAAUCCUUUGGCUUUAUAUUCUACGUUACGCUGCUGACCUUAUGGCCACCAAUCAAGAAAUUCUACAGCGUACCGCUGUUCAGCAAGGAUGUGGUCAAGUUCUUUUUUGAUCUGAUGCAGCGAUCUAUUAACUUGCGACGCGAAAGUGCCGAGGCACGUGAUCGCGUUGAUUUUCUCAACUAUAUGCUGCAGCUGCAGGACAAGAAGGGGCUCAACACUAUGGAGUUGACCUCACACACGAUGACCUUUCUAACCGACGGCUUCGAAACGACAUCUAUGGUGUUAACUCAUACGCUGCUGCUACUGGGACGCGAUUCUGCUGCACAGCAGCGACUGCGCGAGGAGAUUGGUACUGCCAAUUUAAGCUUUGAGCAGCUAAGCGAGCUGCCCUAUCUGGAUGCCUGCAUACAUGAAACUCUGCGUCUGUUCCCACCUGGCUUAUUUGCACGCAAGCUUUGCACGGAGCGCUUUGAGUUUGCCAACAAGGAUGGAGUCAGCGUUGGUGUUGUGCCUGGUGAUGUGAUCAUUGUGCCCAAUUACUCGUUGCAUCAUGAUGAAAAGUAUUAUGAGCAGCCAAUGCAGUUUAGGCCUGAACGCUUUCUGGAACAAAAUGGCGGCGUGCGCAAGUAUCGUGAUCAAGGAGUUUACUUUGGCUGGGGCGAUGGACCACGCGUGUGUCCAGGUAUGCGCUUUGCAUUGACUCAGCUGAAGGCUGCUCUGGUGGAAGUUUUGCGCAACUUUGAGGUGAAGGUGAAUUCACGCACGCGCAACGAUAAUGAACUGGAUGAUACUUACUUCAUGGCUAUGCUCAAGGGCGGCAUUUGGCUGGAUUUUGAAGAGCGCAAAUAAUGUGUAAAACUUUUAUAAUCUC